AUGGUUCAGAUUUCUAUUGAGAAUACUCCAUAUUUAUUUACGGUUCGGUUAACGACGUUUGACGCAUUAGUUCAAGCCAUUUCUUCCCGUACAAAAACUACUAAAAUCUUACCACUAUCAUAUUUUGAUAAAAUUAAAAAUGUAUUCGUUCGAUUAGAAGGUGAAGAUAUCGAGCCACUUCGACGUAAAACUCAUGUGAAAAUUCGCUUGGGAACAUUAAAGUUCCCAUCAUAUGAAGGUGAACUGAAUAAUGAAGGAAGAAAACAUGGCCAAGGAAUUUAUCGAUGGGAAAACGGUCGAACAUAUAUAGGACAAUGGUAUGAAAAUAUAAUGAACGGAGAAGGAGUAGAAUCAUGGCCGAAUGGAUCUAAAUAUCACGGACAAUUUUAUAACAAUAAAAGACAUGGCCAGGGAACUUUUACAUGGCCCGAUGGUCGACAAUAUGUUGGAGAAUAUUGUAAUGAUUAUCGACAUGGUUAUGGUGUAUGUAUAUUUCCAAAUGGAUAUAAAUACGAGGGACAAUGGUAUCAAGGCAAGAAACAUGGACGCGGUAUUGAAAUAUUUCCUGAUGGACAUCGUUACAAUGGACUGUUUCACAAUGAUAAAGUUGUUGCAUCUCCAACAUAG